AUGACGAUUCAUUCUGCAGUGAUUCAGAAGCUACUGAGCACCAACGCCCACAUCGGGCGUCAAGUCGCUACUCACCAUUUCAAAGACUACACAUACGGUUUCCGCAACCGAAUGGCCAUUAUCGAUUCCGAUAAGACCUUAAUCUGCAUGCGUAGCGCUUUCAACUUCAUCUCUUCCCUCGCUCGCCAAAACGGACGCUUCAUGUUCAUCAACACCAACCCUCUCUUCGACGAAAUCUUCGAGCUCAUGACCAAAAAAGUUGACUGCUAUAGUCCCUCUUCCAAUUCUCUCUGGCGCACUGGUGGAUUCCUAACCAACUGUAACAGCCCUAAGAAGUUUCGAUCUCGUAACAAGAAGCUUUGUUUCGGUCCCACGCAGCCUCCCGAUUGCAUUGUUAUUGUUGAUACUGAGAGUAAAUCUUCUGUUAUCGACGAGGCUUAUAAACUUCAGAUUCCCAUUGUGGCUCUCGUCGAUUCUGCUAUGCCUCUUCAUACUUUCAGCCGCAUUGCUUAUCCUAUUCCUGUUAAUCCCUCUGUUCAGUUUGUCUAUCUGUUUUGUAAUUUAAUUACCAAAACAUUGCUUCUCGAGAAGAACAACUUGCAGCUCUCUAAUCCCAAAAUUGAUCUUAGAGAAGAAGCUAUCAGAAUUGAAGAUAAGAAGCGCAAAAAUAAAUUGGCUAAGGUUGGCUUCACUGUUAUACCCUACGAUGAUUUAGCACCCUUACCUGAAGCAGAUAUAGAAGAAACUAAGAAACUUUUGGACAAGCUUGUUGUUUUGAAGGUCAAUCAUGACUCCGGAAGUAACAUGGGUUUUGAAAACCCCAAAUCUGCAAUAGAUAUUGGUGAUGGAAAGACAUUUCUUGACUUGAUCAUUAACCAGAUUGAGACCCUCAACUCCAAGUAUGGAUGCCAGGUUCCAUUAUUUAUUUUUAACAAAGAUGACACUCACGAUAGUACUUUAAAGGUUUUGGAAAAGUAUUCGGAAUCAAGCAUUGAUGUGCAUACUUUUAAGCAGGGUGAACAUCCAGAGUUAACAUUAUCAGGCGAACAUUGCAGCAAAGAGGAAGUGCAAACAGUGGACGAUGGUGAUAUAUUCCGUUCACUAAUGAUAGAUGGAACCCUUGAUUUAUUAUUAUCACAGGGAAAGGAGUAUAUCCUUGUGAUGAAGUCCGACAAUGUGGCAACAGUUGUUGAUCCAAAUAUAUUAAAUCAUUUGAUGACAAAUACUAUUGAUUAUUGCAUGGAGGUGACACCAAGCCAUUCAUCUAAUUUGAUCUUAACUCCAAUGAAUUUUAAGCUUCAGGAGAUUGCUCAAAACCAAGAUAAACACUUGAAGGACAAAUUCAAACUCAUAGAUACAACAAACAUGUGGGUGAGUUUAAGAGCCAUUAAGAGACUAAUUGAUACUAAUAGACUAAAGCCCAAGAAGCCCUCAAUUUUGAAGGGGAGUGACUAUGAUCAAACUCUUCGGCAAGAAACCAAGGCUGAAUCGGCAGUACAGUUCUUUGAUAAUGUAAUCGGUGUCUCAACACCCGAGUCUCGUUUUCUUCCCUUGGACGCAACCUCGGAUUUACUGCUUCUACAGUCAGAUCUAUACACUUAUAGAGAAGGUGUUUUAACUCGUAAUCCCGCUAGAACCAACCCUUUAAAUCCUGUGAUUGACUUGGGACCGGAAUUUGCAAAGAUUGAUGAUUUCCAACGUCGGUUCAAAUCUAUUCCAAGUAUCACCGGGUUGGAUAGUUUGGUAGUGAGAGGUGAUGUGUGGUUUGGAUCUAAUAUUACUUUAAAGGGACAAGUGACUAUUGCUGCAAAACCUGGCUCAAAAUUGGAAAUUCCAGAUGGGGUAGUAAUUGAGAAUAAGGAGAUCAACGACCCUGCAGAUAUCGACGGAUGA